CUCUUAAAAUAAAUUUGCACAAGUAAAGACAGUGACAAAAUUUUUUAGAGAACUGAAAUAUCAAUUGACUGUAUAUUCAAAACACUAGCAUUUUUCUACAAUAUUACAACUUUGAAAUGGCACCGAAUAGUAGGAAGGACAUGGCAACCUGCUAGUGAUCAAAGAAAUCAGAACUCAGAACAGCGCUAUAUAUGUCUUUUUAAUCAACUUCACACUACCAUAAACCUCCAGCAACCAACUGGGAGAGUAAUAUACACUGUUCCCUAUUGUCCUCCAGUUACAUGAGCUUAGAGUCUGGUUGGCUUAAAUUGAUGUCACUUAAACACAACACAGAGAUGUUCUGGACAUAAAGUUAAAGUGGUUGUUCCUUCACAUUCUUUUAAUGGCUUGAGUUCAUUUUGUAAGGGUUUGGACUCCUUUGAACACAGGAAGCAAAAGAAGUACCUUUUUGUAUUGGUGCCCUUUUAUAACUAUGGGCCCUAUUGGCUGAUGGAGUUAAUGGUUAACUCGUGUUUUUUUUCAUUAAAAUUUCUUUUAGAUUAAUCUUUAAAAUGACUGUAAAUUUAUUUAUGUAUUUAUUAUUUGUAAAAUUAUGUUCACACAUAAGGUGUGUUCAGAUGUGUUACCAUACUCAGAUGUUUGGGUGACAGCAAAUUAUUUACCCAGGCGAUAAUAAAUUUGAUGUUUUGUUUUGUUUUGAAUAAUGCUUUUCAUUUUUUAAUAAUGAAAAGCAUCAAAUUGUCUAAUUGAAAUAUUUUAAACGGCAAAUAUUUCAUCUUUUCAUCCUUAUGAUUUUUUCUAAAUGAUCAACUAGCUUCACUUGUGUUUUGGAUUCAGAAAUAAUCAAAUUGAUAGUGAUCUCUGUCUUCAAAUAAAAAUAAAACAGGAAAAAAUUCUGCUUAAGCUUUAAACGUUUGUGUCGGUAAGUGACUAUUGUACAUUGGUGUUCUGAGAGAAGACGGUGCCUCUCUGUUCUCUUAAAUUUCUUUUGAUAUCAGCAGGCUAAAUAUAGCUCGCAGCACCCCUCCCCCUCCUUGACGAGGUAUCAGAGCCAAGAGAGCAGUCAGUGAUAGGCUAACAUUUUGAUGUGCACAGUGACACACACACACACAGAUUAAAGUGAGUUGCUCAGAGUGGGACGGCACUGUCUUUGUGCACAGAGUACGGGCUACAGUGAUGAUAAAUUGCUGCUGUUUGCGGCACCAAAUGAGAUUUGAGUAUUCGUCUUUUUCUGUGCGUCUCAGGGCUGCCACUGGAGGAUGGUGGGGGUACUCCGAUGAACCUCCUCAAGUGCAUGAAACCCUCCUUGCCUCCACAAAGCACUGGCGGCUCCUUCAUAAAUGAGCCAGUCUCCUGGCAACCAGGCACCAAUCAGCACGCAGGAUCUCUCUCUGUAGUAACCACUGUGUGGGGUGUGACCAAUCACACACACAAUCAGGUGUUUGGUGCACCCAUGGGCCCUGGCGAUAGCUCUGGCAGUCACAUGAUGCCCGGUGGUAGCCCUGGUAUGGGUCCUGGGAUGGGCUCCCAGUUCAUAGGUCAGCAGUCAUAUGGAGAUCCUGUCUCGAAAGGUUAUGGCCAGCCAGUCAUGUAUGGACGUCCCAGCACUGCUUACAACCCAGCCUCCGCCUACAGUGGAAGUUACUCUGGAAACAGUGGAGGUGCCGGUCUAGGCGUUCGUCCACCCUCAGAUUUCACUCAGGCUGCUGCUGCUGCUGUUGCUGCCGCCGCUGCCACAGCAACUGCCACUGCUACAGCGACUGUUGCAGCAAUACAGGAAAAACAGAACCAGGAGCUGAGCUAUGGCCAGUUGGGCGGAACAUCCUCUUACAGCACCCAAUUCCUAUCUCAUGCGGGCCCCCGUGGCCCUCCAGGGAUGAACCCUGGCGGGAUGAUCUCUUCAAGGUCUGGACUUCCACCUUCCACCGGAGGCUUGUAUCCUUCUCACCCUGCGCAUAUUCAGAGGAUUCCACAUCAAGGAGGCUAUCCAGGCGGACAACAAGGACUCAAACGGCCUUUCCAUUCCGAGGGUUUUUCUGGACCACAGUAUGGCUCUGGUGGGAUGUCAGGGUACACUAACCAGCCUCUGCAAUACCCCUCUGGUUCGCAGCAGAGAUGUGCCACCUCACCCUCUUACCUCUCCAGCCGGAUGCCUCACAUGGGACACUACUCUGCUGGAUCACACAAUCCAGCACAGUUUUCCCCUGGAGCUGGACAGCCCAAUCCUCCUCAGUAUUAUAAGUCAGAGCCUUUCAAUGGUCAGGGCAGCAUGGCAACUGGAGGACCAGGAGGAUACAAUGCCUUCACACAGGCUGCAGUGAACGGGCCAGUUCGGGGUGGGGUGCUUCCUGGGUAUCCCACCUCACCAAUGGGAGGGAAUCCUACCCCUCCAAUGACACCGGGGACCUCCAUACCUCCCUACCUUUCUCCAGGCCAGGAAACCAAACCCCCCUACCUUACAACAGAAACCAAAGCCAACAUCAACACCCAGCAGCCCGUUACAGGUAACCCCAGUGACGACCUGCGUCUGACUUUCCCUGUACGAGAUGGUGUAGUAUUGGAGCCUUUCAGACUGGAGCACAACCUGGCUGUCAGCAACCACGCCUUCCAUCUGCGAGACUCUGUCUACAAAACACUAAUGAUGAGGCCAGAUUUAGAGCUGCAGUUUAAGUGUUACCACCACGAAGACAGACAAAUGAACACUAACUGGCCUGCCUCUGUGCAAGUCAGUGUUAAUGCAACUCCUCUGUCCAUUGAAAGAGGUGACAACAAAACCUCCCACAAGCCCUUGUAUCUAAAGCAAGUGUGUCAGCCAGGGCGCAACACUGUACAGAUCACAGUGACAGCAUGCUGCUGUUCCCACCUGUUUGUGCUACAGUUGGUGCACCGGCCAUCUGUCAGGUCUGUUCUGCAGGGUCUGAUGAAGAAGAGACUGCUGCCAGCCGAGCACUGCAUUACAAAGAUAAAAAGAAACUUCAGCAGUGGCACCAUUCCUGGAACCCCUGGUCUGAAUGGGGAGGAUGGAGUGGAGCAGACGGCUAUUAAAGUUUCUCUCAAAUGCCCCAUCACAUUCAAACGAAUCCAGCUGCCAGCCAGAGGCCAUGACUGCAGGCACAUACAGUGUUUCGAUCUGGAGUCCUAUUUGCAGCUAAACUGUGAAAGAGGGACCUGGCGAUGCCCUGUUUGCAAUAAAACAGCUUUGCUAGAAGGACUGGAGGUUGACCAAUAUAUGCUUGGGAUUCUUGUCUAUAUCCAAAAUUCAGACUAUGAGGAGAUCACUAUAGACCCAGUAUGUGGUUGGAGGCCGGUGCCUGUUAAACCUGACCUUCACAUAAAAGAGGAGCCUGAUGGACCAGUCCUCAAACGCUGUCGCACAGUCAGUCCAAGUCACAUGGUCUUACCAAAUGUGAUGGAAAUGAUUGCUGCUCUGGGCCCAGCAUCAUCCCCCUACCAAAGUCUGAAUGCAGGAGGCAGGAACACCCCAGAGUACAGUCGGCCAGGGAAUCAGGGAUUCUCCAACCAGCCAGGAUUUACAGAUUUCCCCAACACUCCUGGGACCCCAAUACUAGGAGAGUAUGCACCUUCUGGACCACCACCUCCACUCCCUUAUCAGUCUGAGCAGACGGCUCAUUCUGGACAAAUUGACCACUCUCAUAACAUCCUCCAGCAGCAUGGCUCAGGUGUGCACAGUAACCCGAGUCUGUGUGACACUAGCAGCCCUCUGCCACAGCGGAGCACCAAUACCCAGAAUACCCUCGGACAGAGCGAAGGCACCUUUGGUCUGAGCGGCCCGGGACUGCCUGUAGGAGAGGGGACAGAUCAUGCGCUAGAUCUUCUUCCUGAGCUGACCAACCCAGAUGAGCUGCUGUCCUAUCUGGGCCCUCCGGACCUUCCCAACAACAGCAGUGAUGAUCUGCUUUCUCUGUUCGAGAACAACUGAGUCAAACUUCCAUUCCAGCCUCUUUCUCUCUUUGCUGUAGCUCGGCUCAGUUUUCACCAACUUCUUUGUGUGUGUUAUGUUGUUUUUUGUGUAUCAGUUGCUCUGAAGUGUCCUGCUGCUGAAAUUCUUUGAGUACAGUGUUAAGGUGUACGUAGGAACACUCUCGAAAUGUGAACACUAUUAUGAGUUUGAAGAAUGCAACAGUACACAGGCAUUGACUCUACAGACCAGCAUUUGAAACUAUAGCACAAAUCACUGGCUGGAGUAUUUUGUAUUUAAUGAUUAAAUUGUUUUUUGUUUGGUUUUUUUUAUUGGUGUACAUUCAUAAAGGAGUUCCCAAAAUUUGACUGGGGAUUUUCAUACAUUAACAUACACUUCUGCACAUCGUGAGUGCUGCAAAUUGUCUGCAGAUCGUUGUAUUGUAACUUGUCCACAUGUUAAGUAUGAUAAUGGAAACAAAAGGUUUCAUGCAAGAAUAUUUUUGUAUUCUUGCCUUAAAAUUAGGUUUUUCUGUAAGGUUCUUAUUGGCUUAUUUUUAAUGCCAACUCAGCUUAAAAAACAUAUAUAUUUAUUUAUAUAUAUACAGUUAAUUUGAAUUUCCUUCCAUUACAUAGCCCCUUUAGUUUAAAGCACCCCUAUUAUGCUUUUGGGAUUUUUCUCAUUCUGAAGCUUUUUUUGUGUGUGUUAAGUUUACACAGUUCUAAAAGUAAAGGUUCAAGCUAAACAGGGUCACUCCCCCAUAGGAUACACUGCUCCUAAACGGUAUAAUGAUUAUUUAUAAACUUGUUUGGCUCUAGCCAAUAAUAUCCCACUAAUUACCAACAGACUCCAACAUAAACUUCACGACUCAAAUACUGAUAUGGCUUCAGAUAGCAUAUUGCCAGUGACGAGCAAUUUGUCUGCAUCUGCAUUGUCUGGUAAUAUUAGCCAAAAGAAAGACAAUUUUAUGCUACAGAAUAUGUGACCAACGGCCAGGGUUGUAUCAUGGCUGUGCAGGUUCAUUGUUGCAUUUCAUUUUUGAGGGGAAAGUCAAAUCCAACUAUGAGCUCACUUUCUGAGUUGAAAAAGUUGAAAGCACCUGUUUUUCUAAGAUUUUUGUUAGUAAUACAAUGGAAAGCAAUAGAAAACAUUAAGUACUGGUUAUUUACAUAAACACAUUGCCCAAGAAUGACCAGUUAAAUCAAACUGGGGCUUGGGAUAAGUGUGUUUUCGAUAGACGGUAUAUAAGUUGGAGCCCCGUUUGAAGGUUUGAAUUUACUGUUUUCAGCUUUUGGUUAACAAACAUUUGAAUGUGACAAGGAGGGGCGGGUCUGACUGCGAAACUAGUUGUGUAUUGGCUAAUGACAUGUCGAUCACAAGUCAUAUAAACUUUCAUUUUAAAGCAUAGUGUGAAUAAGAUUUACAAAACAGUUUUUUGUAAACUAAACUCAGAAAUAAGUUACUGAGGUCAAAUCACAUAUAGGGUGUAAAGAGUUGCUGGAGCAGUUUCCCUUUUAUUCGUAUGAAAAUAUUACAUGGGACCAUCAUUGAAAGAGCUGAUAUAUAUAUAUAUAUAUAUAUAUACACACACACAAGAAUAGCUCUGACAUUCUCAUAUUAUAAAUCAUAAAUUUGUAAGUGAUAUCUGUUGGAAGUUGAUGUUAAUCCAAACAAGCAUUGUGUGAUCUAUUUAUAAGAACAGCCAGAUCUUCUGAGAUUAUAAUGGGGGAAGCCAUGAGUGGUGUCAAUGGUGAGGUGAGGUUGAUCUAACCUUAUAAUGCUGUGGUCAAUUUAUGAGAAAAUUCAAAUUUACAAGAUUGCAAAGGAAUGUGGUAUGAUCCAAACUCAGUAAACUUGGGGUCAUUUAAAAGUAUUUAUAGUUAUUUUCAAGCAGCAGUGGUUUGAUGAGUUUGAGCCAACUUUGGGAAACUGAAGAGGAUUACAUUGGACAUUUUUGGUAAUUAAAUAACUAAAUAUUAACCUUACAUAAUUUAGUUUGUUUAUAUUUAUUCGGGUAAAGAUUGAUGAUUUUGUGCAAUUUUAUUUAAAUUAAAUACUAUAAGUAACUAUAUUUAUUCAUACAAGUAUUUCUUGCUUGAGACCCACUAAUUGGUAGCAUGAUGCAUUUCUUAGUUGUGGUCAUCUUCUGGGAAUUGAUGAUAAUGCAAGAUAAAGAAAACUGACAAACAUUUUCUUAAAUACACAAUGAUUACAAUGUAAAAUGAGAGUGGUUAAGGUGUAGAGCUAAAAGACACAUGUCAUCAUAGAGUAAAUGAGAAAAAGCCCAAAGUAUGAAGGCAUUGCCAGUAGGCCUUUUCCGCAACAUAAAGCUGGGAGAGCACUGACAUUCAUUGUCUCUCUGACAUCCUUCAGCACUGUGAAAUGUACAAAGCCUCACUUUCCCUCUGUUGGUUUACCCUCUUUUGAGGGCUUUCAAAAAUACUUUAUAUGAGCUGUGUGUCAUGGCAUUUUUCUGCCAUUUGAAAGUUAGUAUGUUUUUAUAUUGUUUUACAUUUAUAACCCAUCAUGGCACGGGUUUACGUAUUGUAUAAUCAACUGUUUUCAUUAGAGAACGUGUGUGUGUAUCAGACAAAUUGUUAAACAUGAUCAUUUUAAUGUUAUUAGUUGGAUAAAGGAUCAUUGUUGGCACUGUAUACUGUAUGUUUAAAAGUGUUAAACCAAUUGUUAAAAAUCAAGGUCAUACAUAAAAGAUGCAUGUGUGACAAAAAAAAUGGACAGUCAGCAGUCAUCAAGAUAAAGUUGAAAUUAUUCUUAAUGUGGUUUUUUUAAAGUUGACAUUUUUUUGUAUGAACUAUUUACUCGUUGUGGUCCAACAUUGUGUUGACAAAGCAACAGAAAUUCUUUUCCACGUUGAGCUACGCAAAAUUAUAUUUGAAAAGUAUGAACAAGCAAAUUUACUACAAAAAAACGAAACAAAAAACAAAAAAGAUUUUUAAAAAUGUUCUGCCUAUUUUGUAACACAUUGUAAUUGCCAUUAUUUUCUAUUUAUUUUUUAAUUAUAAUUAUCAUUGUAUUCACAGUUGCUUUGUCCCCUUCCUGAAACUGAAUCAGAAUUAAACAUUGCUAUUUGA